AUGUACGGCGAUGUUUCGAACUGGGAUGUUUCUGGCGUGAGCAACAUGAGCGGUUUGUUCCAGGACCUUUCCCUGUUCAACGAAGAUCUCCGUCUAUGGAAUACUGCAGCAGUGACGGACAUGCGCGGAAUGUUUGAGAACGCCCAGUCCUUCAAUUUGCCCAUUGGGGCAUGGGACACAUCAGCUGUGAUGGACAUGAGCAGGAUGUUCAAGGGAGCUCGUGCCUUCGACCAGCCGAUCGAUUCGUGGAACACCUCAGCUGUCACGGACAUGCGUGGGAUGUUCCUUGAUGCGCACGCCUUCAACCAACCAGUUGGCUCAUGGGAUGUGUCCCAG